AGGCGGAAGCGAUGGCGGAGGCGGCGGCUGCAGCCGCCGGGACAGGCGUGGGCUCCGGCGGUGCAACGGGCCGGGAUCAAGACCAGGACCGCGCCCGGCGGAGGCUGCAGGUUCUGUCGGGCCAUCUACUGGGCCGUCCCCAGGAGGCUCUGGGUGCCAAUGAGUGCAAAGCGCGGAGAGCAGCGUCGGCGGCCACGGCGGCGCCCACGGCCACUCCCGCCGCGCAGGAGUCCGGCACCAUCCCUAAGAAGCGGCAAGAAGUUCUGAAAUGGAAUGGAUGGGGAUAUAAUGAUUCCAAGUUCUUCAUCAAUAAGAAGGGCCAAGUUGAAUUGACUGGGAAAAGAUACCCUCUUAGUGGCAUGAUUUUACCAGCUUUUAAAGAUUGGAUCCAAAAUACCCUUGGAGUAAGUCUGGAGCAUAAAACUACCUCUAAAGCAUCCUUAAACCCUAGUGAUACACCUCCUUCUAUUGUAAAUGAAGAUUUUCUUCAUGACCUUAAAGAAACUAAUAUUUCAUAUUCACAAGAAGCAGAUGAUCGAGUAUUUAGAGCUCAUGGUCAUUGUCUUCAUGAGAUAUUUAUGCUCAGGGAAGGAAUGUUUCAGCGAAUUCCUGAUAUAGUUUUAUGGCCGACAUGUCAUGAUGAUGUAGUUAAGAUUGUGAAUCUAGCGUGCAAAUAUAACCUUUGUAUCAUACCAUUUGGUGGAGGAACAAGUGUUUCAUAUGGCCUGAUGUGUCCUGCAGAUGAGACAAGAACCAUUAUUUCUUUGGAUACUUCACAAAUGAAUCGAAUCCUCUGGGUUGAUGAAAAUAAUCUGACAGCUCAUGUAGAGGCUGGCAUAACUGGACAAGAGUUGGAAAGACAGCUUAAAGAAAGUGGUUAUUGUACAGGUCAUGAACCAGAUUCCCUGGAAUUCAGCACUGUGGGAGGAUGGGUAUCUACCCGGGCAUCAGGCAUGAAGAAGAACAUCUAUGGCAAUAUUGAGGACCUGGUGGUUCAUAUGAAAAUGGUAACACCUAGAGGUGUAAUAGAAAAAAGCUGUCAAGGACCUCGUAUGUCAACAGGCCCUGAUAUCCAUCACUUCAUCAUGGGAUCUGAAGGAACUCUUGGUGUGAUAACAGAAGCUACAAUAAAAAUCAGACCAGUGCCUGAAUACCAAAAGUAUGGCUCAGUAGCUUUCCCUAAUUUUGAACAAGGAGUAGCCUGUUUAAGAGAAAUUGCAAAACAGAGAUGUGCUCCUGCAUCUAUUCGCCUCAUGGACAACCAGCAGUUUCAGUUUGGUCAUGCUCUUAAACCUCAGGUUUCCUCUAUUUUUACAUCAUUUUUGGAUGGAUUGAAAAAGUUUUAUAUUACAAAGUUUAAAGGAUUUGAUCCCCAUCAGCUAAGUGUAGCUACAUUACUGUUUGAGGGGGACCGUGAGAAGGUUCUUCAACACGAAAAGCAAGUGUAUGACAUUGCUGCAAAAUUUGGUGGGUUGGCUGUUGGAGAAGAUAAUGGACAGAGAGGUUACUUGCUGACCUAUGUCAUUGCAUAUAUUCGAGACUUGGGUUUGGAAUACUAUAUAUUGGGAGAAUCCUUUGAAACUUCUGCUCCUUGGGACAGAGUUGUAGAUCUCUGUAGAAACGUCAAAGAAAGAAUAACAAGGGAAUGCAAAGAGAAAGGUGUUCAGUUUGCUCCUUUUUCUACAUGCAGGGUGACGCAGACUUAUGAUGCAGGUGCCUGUGUCUACUUCUAUUUUGCCUUUAACUACAGGGGAAUUAGUGACCCACUGGCUGUGUUUGAACAAACCGAGGCAGCUGCUAGAGAAGAAAUCCUCGCUAAUGGAGGGAGCCUGUCACAUCACCAUGGAGGAACUAUGAGGAUAUUCAAGUCCCUCCAGUAAUAAAUGUCCAUAAUCUGAGAUGCUGAAAGUCUAAUAUGGCAGAACUGUUGAUAUUACUUAUUCAGAUAUACCCCAGACACUGAGAGCACUUUGGCAGGCACGAACAGAAGGUACAUAGACAUACUUGAAAUAAUGUAUCUGUUAAGCUGCUGUUACGGAAAAAGAAGAAAAUACAUACAAAUUUACAUAACAAAGAGUUAAACAACCCUAGUAUAAAUUUAUUUAAAAUUUGCAUUGUAUUUGUGAAAGCUAUGAUAUUAGUCAAUUGAAUUAAUCAAUAUACACAAAUAGAAGUUAAUAAAAAUCAGUAGUUGCAAAAUAUAAAUCUUAAUUUACCUGUGAUGCCAUGUUUAUUCAAUUUUAGAUCCCAAAGCAAAUAAUGUAAAUAGCUUCCUGUGAUAUUGUUGAUAUGAAGUUAAUGCUUUUUAAUAUUGUUGUAUAGUCUAUUUUCCAUAUUAUAAAUAUUACCGGCCCUGUAGACGAUAGAGUUUCAAAGAAUGGCAGUAUUUACUCCUGAAGGACCUUAUAGUCUAGUAGAUUAAAAUAUAGUAUUUCAAAAUGUUGGAGCCCUGGUGCCACAGUGGUUAAGAGUUCGGUUGCUAACCAAAAAGCUCGACAGUUCAAAUCCACCAGCCACUUCUUGGGAACCCUAGGGGGGCAGUUCUACUCUGUCAUGUAGGGCCUCUGUGAGUUGGAAUCGGCUUGAUGGCAGCAGAUUGGGUUUGGUUUUUUUGGUUUCAAAAUGCUACUGAUCAAAACUGGUGAGCUUAUGAUAUCCUCACCACUUUGUUCAACGUAAAAGUCUAGCCUUUUCUUCAAAAAUCAUUCAAAAGGUGACUUUAAUAAACAUGUAAAUGCUAUAGAGUUGAAACAGUGAAAAGGGAGAUGGAGUAAGGGAAAGGAAUUAACAUUUAUAAAGCUGUUAUAUUUGCUAGGUACUCUACAUAACUUAAUCUUUAAUCCUGUUUAACAUGCUGUGGAGUAGAUCUUAUUUUAUUCCUUUUCUUUGUAUGAAGACCCUACAACUCUGAGUGGUACAGUAACUUACCCAAAAGUAUCAGCAAUAGUUGUGAGUGCCAGAAUUUAAAUUAGAAAAUUCCUUCUGCCUCCAUAUCCAUUGCUGACUUCUUCCUUACAAGCCUGAAGUGUAUGAAAUGGGCAAAAUCUAAAAAGAUUAACAGCCUUUGAAAAAAGACACAUAAUUUUUUAAAUAUGCAAUGUUUUAGCAAAUGAAAAAAACGCUAAGCAUUACUAUUUUUCUUUUAUAAUAUAAAACCUCUUUUUCUUUAAUUCUGAGUUUGUCUAAGUCAAUUACUUGUCUUACUUUAGGUGUUAAAUGAUGAAAAUUUAAUUUCCUUAUCAUAGAGAUUUCAUUGUUUUCUCAAUUCUCACUCAGCAGUCAGUUUUACUUUCUGGUGGUUUUAUAUUUCCUGAUUAUAGGCUCCCAAAAUGUUGACAGUAUCAUGCAAUAAAACAAAUGCAGGUCAGAUUAUAUAACAGUAAAACUCCUUGUAUAAUUUAUGUACAUUUUCAGGUUCUAGGCUCAUAGACCAUUAUUUGUUGAAGACUCCCAAGUUUGAUGAAAUAAUCUAUUUUUAUAAAUUAUUGGCUUGAAGUUGAAUGUAGCAAGAUUUGAUCAUAUAGUAACUUCAAAAGUUCUGCCUCAUUUAAAUAUAAAUCUUAUUUCUAUCUUAUUCUCAUAUUUUUAUAUUUUAUGUGGUCAAAAUAUAACCAUGUGGAAACAAAUUCUAAACUAUCUGGUUUCCUUUCUUGCUUAGAAAAGGAAACUAGGUUAAGUCUGAAUAUAAAAUAUAUUUCACAUGUGCUGAUAAAAUGAAGAUGCAUUCCCUAUACUGGCUUGACCACUUCCUAAAUGUUGGAGGGCUCAGCCUCAGCCACCUUCAUUCCUCUAUAAGCACUCACCCCGCUCAGUAAUUAUCUCCAGUCCUGUGACUUAAAAUACUGUCUGUACCAUCUAUAUGCUGAGAACUCCCAAAUACAUCACCUCCACCACCACCACCCUGGUUCCAAUCACUACCUUCUCCUGCUGGGACUGUUGCCUUAGCUGCCUAUCUGGUCUGUUUGCUUCCACUCUUGCUCCCCUGCUGUUAUUUCUCUUGCUGCCAGAGUAAUCUUUAAAAAAAGAUCAGUGAUUUCUCCUCACAUUCAGAGUAAAAUCCGAACUCCUUAUCUGGGCCUUCAAGGAUGCACAUGAUUUGCCUGUCUCCCCGUCCUCAUCUGUUAUUACUUUUUCCCUCUAGCAGUAUUGGCCUUCAAGCUAUUCCAUCAGACAUACUAAGCCCUUUUCCCCUUCAAGACCUUUGCUGUUCGUUCCCUCUUUUUCUAAUGUUCUUUCUCUUGUUCUCCCUCAGAUCUUUGUAUGACUCACUUUCCCAUCACUUAAGUCUUGGAUAAAAAUGUCACCUUCUUAGAGGUUUCUUUCCUGUUCUCUUGAGUAGUUUCUGUGUUUCUCAUUUGAAUUAAGUCAGAUGAGGUUAGUGACUUUAUCUUGUUCAUCAUUGCACCCCUAGUCCCUAGAACAGCAACUGGCACAUAGUAGAUGCUCAGUGAAUAUGUUAAGUGAGUGGAUGAGUGCAUGCCCAAGUGCUCACAGAAUUUGAAGCAGUUGCACAAUUCUCAAACAAUUCUGAAUCUUUCAUAUUGGAACGACAAUAAUGUCAGUGGUAAUUCAGCUUCACAUGUUUAGUAACCAGCCCUUGUUUGAACGUAUAGGCCUUCUUAAUCAUAGAAAGACUCAGUUAUGCUGUAAUAUUUCCGGGUAAGUUUAUUAGCAGAGUCAAUUAUUUACUGGAAAAGUAGGGUAAAAUAAUGUACAUUUCUCUACAGUUCCUAACACUAGCCAUUUUAGUAUUCUUUCCUAAAUGCAUUGUACAUGCAAGAUUCUAUUCAAACUUUGUCUUGAAACAAAUACAAUAAAAUCUGUGAAAGCCGGAACCUAUGUAAGGCAGAAACUUGUCAGAGAAGGAAAACUCAAAUAUUGUCCACUAAUAGAGAGCAACAGAAAAGUGUAAGACUGCAUGCUGUAAACGGUGGAAAACUCGCAAGACCCGGAAAAAAAAGGCAGCCCUGUUGAAUUCCGGUUCUCACAGGUUUCACUGUAUUAGUUUGAGAAGCUUCUAAACACAUAGUGUUUAGAAUCACAUCUACAUUUGAACCCUGGCCUUGCUUUUAACUAGCUGUGUGACCUUAGGGAAAUAACCUCCCUGAGCUGCAGUGUCCUCAUCUGCAGAACAGAAUAAUAGUACUUACCUCAUCAAUUUAUUGUAAGAUUUAAAUGUGAUAAUAUAUGUGAAGCAUCUAAAACACCUUGCAUAUAAUAGGUGCUUAAGACACAGUAGCUUUCAAAAGUACCACACGAAUGCGAGUGUAAUUAAUAGUUAAUAAUAGGAGAAACUGUGCAGCACAGACAGGGAGUAUAUGGGAACUCUGUACUUUCUCCUUAAUUUUUCUGUAAACCUAAAACUGUUUUAAAGAAUAAAGUAUAUUAAAAAUUAAAAAACAAACAAAACAGCAGUAGAUUUUAUUGUUGUUAAUAGCAAGAGACGGCACCAAAUGGAACUCAAACUAGUUUGUAGUCUUAAACCCUUGCCCUAACCAUUGAAGAAAUGGUUGCAAUUUAUUUGAAAAAGACCCAGACAUUCAAAGGAUGUGAUUCAACCAUAGUCUAACAUGUUGUCCUCUAUAACCUGCAGUUGAUCUCACUCUUUAGGAAAGUCUCUUACAAUGUGUAUGAAAGAGAAAGACAUUCCCUUCACACUAUUGGCUAUAAAAUAUGCUACAGAAAAACGUGUAUUUUUGUAAAUGCUUGUUUACAUAAAGAUAAUUAUCUCAUUUGUGUAUUUCAAAUGCCUGCUCUGCUAUUCAGUGUAGUUUCAUAAAGGAGAAACCUUUUCAAUAUAAACUUUAAAUAGAGAGUGGGUUUAAUUGUUCUGCCAAACAUAUUCAAUACUAGAGCUUUUGAGAGAUUACUUCUUUUUGUCUAUAGAAAAUGUUUUUCUUAAUUUGCAUCCAGAACUUAAAACUCCAGUUGACCUCAUAGAAGCAUCUUUAUUUACUGACCUUCAGACAGCAUCGUGGUACUCUCAGUACCAUUUUUGAGUGCCAGAGUAGAAGGGCUGGGGGUUGGGAGAAUAUUGAUGCAAUUUCUCUUAGAGUGUUUGGCCUGUAAUUGUGAUUAAUAACAGUUGCUUUCGCUAUCUGGAAACAGACAGGCUGGUUUGUCUGCCUACAAUCAUGCUGUGAUAAAUGGAGCUAUUUUAACUCUGGUUUUGUGUAUCAAAGAAAACAGAUGUAGUCUGGAACUGGAGGCUAUAGGAAAUAUAAAGCCUGCUUAACGUAAUCUUCAGAAUGCUUGUUUUUGUAACUGAUGAGCUGGUCAGUUUAAACAACAGAGUAUAUAUCAGCCACAUAUUUAAUUUCAAUUUAUGACUUAAGUUUUUAAGUUGUUCAUUUGCUAAAAUUAUACGUAAGUCCUUGUCAGGAAGUAAAAAAAAAACAAAAACAAUUAAGUAUAACCAGUCUUAGUUUAAAUAUUGGUGCCUUUACCUAAUCAAAAUUAUUUCCUGUUGUUCAGAGAAUAAUCACAGGGCAACUGCUCUUACCUUUUUUUUUGUGGUCUUAAGAGAAUCCAGUAGUAUCAGAAACUUUAAAAGUAAAAGGAAACUACUCAAAAGAAUGAUCAAAAGAUCAGCUUUGGGGCAGUUGGUUGAAAACCUGUAGUGUGAAAUAAAAGAUACAGUUGGAAAGGAGGAAAUAAAAAUCUCCCUUUGCAAAUGUUAGGAGCCCUGGUGUCACAGUGGUUAAGUGCUCACCUGCUAACCUAAAGGUCAGCAGUUCAAACCUACCAGCCGCUCCUUG